GCAUGAUGCUGGCAUGGACGCUGGCAUAACGCUGGCAUGGACGCUGACAUGACACUGGCAUGGACGUUGGCAUGACGAUGGCAUUGUGCGACGACGUGAGAGACGCCUUCCUGCUACUGGCGCCAGCUGUCAUCUUGACAUUUCGACCUUUCACAGACUAUUGGCGGCGCUGGCAUGACACUGGCAUGGACGUUGGCAUGACGAUGGCAACGUGCGGCGAUGUGAGAGACGCCUUCCUGCUACUGGCGCCAGCUGUCAUCUUGACAUUUCGACCUUUCACAGACUAUUGGCGGCGCUGGCAUGACACUGGCAUGGACGUUGGCAUGACGAUGGCAACGUGCGGCGAUGUGAGAGACGCCUUCCUGUUACUGGCGCUAGCUGGAAGCAGGGUCGCUCUGGAUCCCUUGCCUUCAGGACCGGUGACAAAAAUACAAAAGGAGUCAACUGUGCAGGCAAUACAAAAGGAGUCGGAGAGGUUAGAAUUCACAGAACCGGUUGCGGAGGUCCCGGUUAGCAUAAGGGAGACAGAACCCCAAAUGAAGAAGGAAAGGCAACAGGUUCCGCCCAAACCCCCCCUCCAGGUAGUGGUCACAAGAGCAAAGGAAUCGGAUGUGUUGCAAGCCACAGUGGACGACCUGCACACAACUGAGGACAGGGAGAAUCCACAAGACUCACCUUCACAGUUGGCAGCCCAGAUAGAGGAAAAGGAAGCUGUGGAAGUAGAAACCAUGGUGGUGGGACUGCCGGCAAGUGGACUCUCACAUUUGCCACAAGUGGAGAUGGAGAAAUUACAAGAUCCACCUAACCCUCCUGUGCAGUCGGCAACUCAGAUAGAGGGGAAGGAAGCGGUGGAAGUAGAAAUCAAGGUGGUGGGCCUGGCGGCGGAGGAACGACAAAUCAUUGAGGUGGGCCGGCCUGAUGAGGGGGUCUCACUCCUCCAACCGGAGAAGGCGAGACUGCCACGGGGGGAGGAGGACAAAAGACAAGACUCGCUCAACUCCCCAGUGCAGUCCGAGGAGCAGACAACAGAGAAAGAGGUGGUUGUUAUACGAGGCCUGCCUGCUGCAUCUACACAGUAUGCAGGGGAUUAGGGACGGAAUCCAGCUCCCCCCAACCUGCUAAAAGGAGGCCAAACAUCAAAGUCCAGAAUUAAAAAAAAGGAAAUGAGAGCUCCUAGACUGCAGACAGACUCAAGACCUCUGCCGGAACAGU